CCGGACUUUUUGCGUGCUUGUGAUGUGCUUGAUGGAGCCUAGAGUGGGACUAAUGAAGUUCAUUUUCCACAGCUGGUGAUGGCGGAUGUUGUUGAAAAAGAGACCAUGACAAACUACCACAUAGCGUCAGAGAAGAUCAAUCCCGAGGCCAGUCGCUAUCCGUACUGUAUUGUGUGGACGCCCAUCCCCGUGCUAUCAUGGCUUCUUCCAUUCGUUGGCCACAUGGGAAUCUGUACUUCAAGUGGUGUCAUCCGGGACUUUGCUGGACCUUAUUAUGUUUCAGAAGACAACAUGGCCUUCGGGAGACCAACCAAAUACUGGAUGCUGGACGUUAGCAAGGUCUACGCUAACGGAGCCAACGCGUGGGACACAGCCGUGCACGAUGCCUCAGAGGAGUAUAAGCACAGGAUGCACAACCUCUGCUGUGACAACUGUCACUCACACGUUGCCAUGGCUCUGAAUCUGAUGAAGUAUGAGAACAGCACAUCGUGGAACAUGGUGAACCUCUGCCUCCUCGCCCUGAUCCACGGAAAGCACGUGAGCUGUGCAGGCUUUUUAAAGACCUGGCUGCCGUUCAUGAUGCUGGUGGGUGUCGUCCUCACGGUGGCCCUAGCCUUCAACCUACGGUGACCUAGCAGGCCGGCUAAAGGCACACCAGCAGGUCCGGUGUGGGCUUGACCUUUCAAAGAACCGCGGGGCAUCGCACAGAAUGGAGCGGAAGUAGAGGAUACAGACUAUUCACCUCCAGAAGAACGUUGACCAGGAAAGUCCAGCACCUGCAUACCUGUGCGGCUGAAGCUGGAAAGCCUCACAAAUCCCUUCAGAAAUUUGAGAAGGGCCCCACUCCUCCCUUCCCAACUACCAGGACCACACAUUUAACCCAUUUAGUGGAUUAUUGGUUAUUGAAGCCAUUGACAGAAAGUUUACGACUUGCAAAGUGUAGAUGUCAUAUGUUGAUUUCACAUUCAUGCCUUGCUCUCAUGUUGUAAUGAUCUCACUUUGUAAUGAAGCGUAAUCUGGGGAUUCAGUGCCUCCAGAUUGCCGUUUUAUACCGGGGAGCAGCCACAGGGCUCCGUUUGAUGCCUUUCUAUGGGAAGUCACUGCAUAUCUUGCUUGAUCUAAUGUAGCAGUUUUGAUGCAUUUUUCUAACAACUUACUAAAACUUGUUUCGUAGCAUCUUUUGAAAAUGUACUAGGAUGUGUUUCUCAUGUACCACCUCAUGACUUUAAUACGUUUACAAUCAGCAUCUUCAUGCCUUUAACUACAGAGCAUGAGUGGAGCAACUGUAGCCACCUCAGCCUUCGUAAACACCUACAGAGACGUGAAGCUGUCUGUAGUUUUCUACAUGUGUGCCACUUGGAGAAUGGGGGAACAACUCAAACUGUGUCUUUGAAAAUGGAAUUCGCUCAUUGGUGAAUUAGUUGAUUAUUCAUCAAGUUCAUACUUAGAUGCUUCAUUAGCUCUCACCAAGAGUCGGUGCCUGUAAGUGACCUCUCCUACUGAUCCCUUGUAUAUUUUUAGUUUUGCUGCUGUUUUGGGCUUUUUUUUUUUUUUUUUGACGGGCUUCAAAAGAAAGGUAGUCCCACUUGAUGGUUGGCCCUCGAAAUCCGUUGCCAUGGCUGUGGUGAGCAGAUUCAAAUCCCCUCAUUGUUUGCCAUCAAACUGGGGUGGGGGGGGGUAUGUGGAGUGCUGAGCCCUCUCUUUGUCCACAGCUCCGCCAGAAGCAGCAGGUAGUCAGGAUCCUCAGGUUUUUCACGCUCGCUCACUCGCUCCUGCUGAAUGCCCUCCGUUUCCCCCAGCGCCCGGCCAGCGUCGCUCCCGCUGCUUUCCCACCUCUGCAGAUCAGAUUGGAAGGUCAUCGUGAAAUGUCAGAGCUGUUGAGCGAAGCUUUGAUAUAUACCGGCCGGCGUCCCGCACUAGUCUGAGCAGAUAGCAUUUAGGUGCGAGCUUAAAGUGAGGUUGGUUUUGGGGGGUUUAGUGCGACAUGGGCCUCGCUCCGUUUCCUCGUUGGCCUUCUGUUCCGAGCACAUGCUCUUUUGUUGCCUGUAAAUGUUUGAACACAUACUGUACACGGGUGCUCUUUAUAUACAUUGCAAACUCGGAUCAAUUCUCUUUUGAAUAAUUUACCUUCCGAUCUGCAGUAAAGCAUCUUUGUGCCUGAGUAACCGUAUGAUUGUGUGUGUGUGUGUGUGUGUGUGUGUGUGUGUGUGUGUGUGUGUGUGUGUGUGUGUGUGUGUGUGUCACACACAUGCAGACGGACGGGUGGACAGAUUGUGAUGUGCAUGUCAGCAUGUGUGUGUUGCAUGUGUGCAAGAAUAACGAGCGAUUCGAGGGGGGAAGUAUCGUCUUGAUUAGGGAUCGGCCGAGUUUCACUGCCUAGUGAUUGAUUUCUAUAUGUGCUCCAUAGCUUUCUCCUCGUUUCUUUCAAGGUUUAUGUGAUUGCUAGAAAAUUUGAAUGAAUAAUGAAUAGAAUAAUGUAUUGGUUUUUGGCAUAAGUGAAUUGAUUUGAUGCAGGGAUCCGUGACGUUCUUUUUACCAAUCUUUCAGGUUGAAAGUACAAAAUAAUAGUGUGUCUGUGUAAUUCACUGCUCAUCUUUUUGUUUUCUAAUCUCUGUCAGAUAUGUCUUUGGUCGAUAUUUGUUCUAAAGGGCAUCGCCUUCUGCACAAGUGCUAUUGUCUCCUUCGCAUUUGCUUCUAAAGGUGUUGGUUAAAGGCAAUUGGUUUAAAAAAAAAAAAAAAACUUCAAAUCAUCUGAUGAAACAAAAGUCCAAAUGUCUCUUAUGGGAACGAAACGGGGCCCGCGUCCGCUGCGGCGCCUGUGCAGGAAUGCAGUGAGCGGCGGUGAUGCUGUGCAUGGCGUUAGGUGUUGCCUGCUGCGGUGCCUCGUAUCCAAGAGCCAGGUCCAGGAAUGUGGAGCCCGCGGUCUCGCUGAUUCAGUCCGCUGACAAAAGACAGUUGGGAUGCUAUUAUAAGUGCCACCGUUCAUAUCCACUCCUUCCAAAAACACAGCUUUGUUUUCCUGGUGUCCUCAGAGUAUCCUUUAUGCUGCAGAUCAUAUAACCCCACAGGGAAUUUUAAGCCUUCCAUAUAAGCGACUGUGUGGACUCUGAAUGUUUAUGACUCACCGAUAUAAUACCAAUAAAGAUCUCUAUUAUUUUAUAAA